AUGCAUAAUGAGCCCACCCUGCAGCCCGCGAGGGAGAAGCCACUCCCGAACACCGACCCCAUCGCCACCACCACCACGACCGUGCCGAGCGUACCCCACAUCAACGGCAAUGGUGCAGUACCGGAAAACACAACCCGAACGCCACUGCACGAGGCAGCAGCCGGUGGGGACGAGACAAAGGUGGAAACGCUCCUGGCUACCGGUGCCGACCGUAACGCCAAGGAAUCGGUGCACGGUAACACACCACUGCACGAGGCCGCCUGGAAGGGAUAUAGUCGAUGCGUGAAGCUUCUAUGCGCACUGCCCAAAACAAAGCCGACCGGCAGCUCCAAAGGCAUCUCGAUCGAUCUGCUAAAGGAUGCGACCAAGAUUAAGCACGCCCUGCAUGAUACCAAGGGUGCGCUACACAGUGCACUGCUCGGUACGCGUAACUACGGUGGCUUCUCCGCGCUACACCUGGCCGCCCAGAAUGGUCACAACCAGAGCUGUCGGGAGAUACUGCUCGCCGGGGCCGAUCCUGAUGUACAGAACAAUUAUGGCGAUACGCCACUGCAUACCGCGUGCCGGUACGGGCAUGCCGGUGCCAUUCGGAUUCUGCUAUCGGCCAAGUGUGACUUUGAGCGGAUCAAUCUGAACGGUGACACUGCGCUACACAUCGCCUGCGCGAUGGGCCGUCGGAAGCUGACACGCAUUCUGCUCGAAUCUGGUUGUCGACAAGACACCAAAAAUGCUCAGGAGGAAACUGCACGGGACAUCGCACAGCGCAAGAAUCUGGUCGAGAUCAUUAACAUCCUCAACACACCGGUCGAUCUAUCGGCCAGGAGAUCGCGGGAACGUUCCAGCAGCAGUUCACAGCACCAGCGUACCAAGCCCGACGGAGUCACCAAUGGCGGAGUGCAUCAGAAACCUUCCCCGCACGAACCCAACCCCAACCCGGCCGAACGUCGUUCGCGCAGCAAGGACGAAACAGGACGAAAAUCGGGCCGGCGCAGCAAUUCGAACGAUGAAGCCGCAACCCGGGCGGAUGCGAUCGAUCCAAAGCAUUGGUCCCCGUACGGCUGUCACUACUUUCCCGACCCGCGCAAUUUUCCCUCCCCCAAGCUCGAGACGCUGCCAAAAGAACCGCUGGGAAAUGGUGAGCAGUACUUCCUGGAUCUGGCCGGCAACAUCCGCAAAGGACCGGUUGGGGUCGGCAACACGUGCUACUGUGCGCCAUUCUUCAAGCAUCUGGAGCAGCGCAUGAACCAGAACCGGCGCAGCAUUCGCAAGUACGUGCACCGGGCGACGGAGAAGCUGGACAGUCGUAUGACCGCACUGGCGAUGCGCACCGAUGACCAGAUAGAGGAGCUUACCAAAUCGAUGAUAGCGAGCCGCGUUCAGUGCGAGAACAAGCGACUCCAUCUGGAGCAGUGGUUGAAGCGGGGUAUAGCGGAGCGGUCCACCACCACAGCUACCUCGGGCGGGUUGGAACACAGCAACAGCAAAACCAAAAAGGAUGAGGCUAACACUAACACGCUCACGCGUUGCCGAAGUCUCGAGUUACUGGACGACCAUGACACGAUGCUGCUCGCGACCGGUGUCGAUGUACUGGACGAUCAGCUGCGGAAGUCGUCCACACCAACCAGGCAGCUGUUCUCGCGCAGCAUUGACUUCCUGGAUGCGGCCACCAACGGGGACUCGGACCAUGGUCAUCGUGUGCAUCGGCAGCAACACCAGCAGCAACAGCAGGAGCUGGAGAGCCAUCUUCGAUUGCUGCAGUACGCUGCCGUCGGUGGUCACCAGUCGGAUGCGCUCGAAAGCUCCAAUAAUUCCAACAUGAAGAACCACUCGGAGUCGGCCGAAACGCCCCCCAUACCGGACUGUGCUAGCAUUCGGAUAUCGCGCCGACCACGUUCCUCCUCCAUGUCCGGCCGGGACAGCUACUCGUACUCCUCCGACAACAACAAAGACAACGAUCGUGAAAAGCCACCUCGGCUCGUUAAUGGGACUAACGAUCCGAAGCCGCCGAAAAAGCUCACCCUACCAACAAUGCCAACUUCGUCCACACCGACGUCGGCCAUCUCGUCCAACGGAGGAUCGGGCGCGGUCGCGACCGGGACGGCAAAGAGCGAAAAAGCCAAAGUCACCGAACGGCUCGAGGAGCUGCUUAGCAAGACGAAGAAGAUCCUCGAGCUGGAGAAGAUGACGAAGGGUGGAACGGGUGUGGGCUCUUCGCCACUGAUCGGCAGCCAUCCGAACUCGGCCAUCACACCAACGACCGACAAUCGUUACAUCCUAGCGCUGGACAAACUGCGCGAUAUCCACCACUACGAACCAUCGGCUGGUGGUGGAACGAAACCUUCCGGACGCUCCUCACGCGACUCGCCUGGAUACGACAUCGCCCAAGAGAUGGAGAAAAUCACCAAGUCGCUUCUGCCUGCCGCGCCUGUUUCGCCGGAGAUAGCGAAGGACAUUACGACGCGCAAGGAACGUCCCACGACCGUACUGUACGCGUCCUAUCAGCAGCAACAGCAGCCACCACAUCCUCACCGACGCACCACACCGCAGGACUCGUCCCCACUCUCCACGACGCCACUGUCGACGAUGUCCCCGAGUUCGUCUCUACUCGGUGGACAGACGGCUCCCUCGCGCAGCUCACCGUUCGCCUCGGACCGGCAGCAUCUGGCGUCCACCAACUUCAUGGAGGAUCACGCACCGUGCGACGAACAGAACGUGUCCGCUGCAAUGGGCGCUCUGAUGAAUGGGUUCUACUCAAACAGCUGCUUCGAAGAUGCGCCGCCGAGUUCCUCGAACACGACGGUGAAAUCGGCCGGACCUCGUCAACAUCACCCAACGACGGACGACUCGGAAUUGGAGCAAGAUGAAGAACCCGAUGAUGAUGAUGAUGACGACGAAGAAGAGGACGAGGACGAUGAGCACGAUCGGGGAGAGGAGGCGAAGGUAGCAGGAGACGAAGAGGAUGAUCGUGAGGAGGAGGAAGCAAGCGAUGUGUCCGAUCGAUGUGAUCUCUCGGCAAUGGCGAAUUUCGCCGAGCUGAAGGAGCUCAAGAGCCGGAUCCUGAACGGUACAAACUGGCGCAGCCAGGUGCUGCAAAAGAGCGUCCAGGAACUGUUGCGCAGCGGCGAAGGUAACGAUGCCUUCUCCGGAUCGCAGGACCAAGAUCCAUCUCCGGCUGGGGAGACGAACCGUGUCAAGUACAUCAUCUCGAAGCUACAGCAAAGCGGUACCAGCAGUUCCGGAGAUGUAGCCAUCCGCACGCAGCACCUUCAAGUGCCGCCGAUGGCACGCUGUGAAGAUUUUUCCGACAGCAGCAGCGAAGAGGAGGACGAUGAAGAGACGGUGCGGCAUGGGCAGGAGGAUGAUGAGGAUUGUGUUGAUGGACCGCCGAUACCGGUGAAUGGUGUGCUGGAGCAGGAGAAACCGUCCGAAAUCGGCAUCGGUACGGCGAAAAGUUUGAUUCAGCUGUACGAACAGUCCACGUCCGCCACGGCGGCAAACGGGGCGAUCGGGAAGUGCGUGACGAACGGUCCGUUCGCGAACGUUCCGAAGGAUGCUUACUUUCAUGAGUUACCUCCAAGGAAGUUGUUGCCACCACCGGAGUUGAGCUCCAUGGCGGGUUUGACGUCGCGCGUGCAUCAGACGGCACGGAGUCGCAACCCGCUGCCAUCGUACCUGUUGCAGGAAGGGGCGGGCGAACUGUUCCAGCAGCAACCUUCAGACAUCUUGGACAUCCAGCAGGGUCCUGCUGGGGGAUAUGCACAAGCACAGCAGAGUUACUUCGACGAGCAGCUAACGUUCCAAAGUCAUCACCCACUUCCUCAGCAUCGUGCAUCGGCGAUGAGCUCGUACCCGAUUCCAGCCGAUGGUUUCUUGCCUCCCGUCGGGCUGCCUACGCCCGUGAACCACCAUCACCCUCACGGUCACCUUCACAUGCAACAACAGCACCAGCAGCAACAACAGGAGAAGCUGCUAUCGGCCCGGAAGUACAUCAAUCCUUCAUCCGCUGGGUCGCUCGCCAGCACCGGCACACCUUCACCAGAGUUCCCACUCUAUCAGCACCAUCAACAGCAGCUUGCAUCGUCCAUCGCCGCACAGCCAGCGUAUCCUUCGGCCGGUACCGCAUCCGUCAUCGGUGGCCAUUCGCAUGCGAUGAUGACAAUGAUGGCCGCCGGCCGUAAAUCGGUCGAUCAGCUGUCCUCCAACGGGGAAGAUUCCGGUUACGUUAGCGGGAAGGUGAGCGAAAUCCACAUCCCGAGUGGAGGUGCCAGUCCGCUGCUGCCUGCGGCUGCCAGCAACGUGCUCAUCAUACCACCGCCAGCCUCCUCGCCGAAGCACUUUCUUCCGUACAGCCAUCAUCACCAUCCGCUAGUGACGUCGAUGCACCAUCGCAACGGGACAUCUCCGCAUCAUGGGAGUGUGGUAACCUCGAUCGUACCUCCACCGGUAGGAUCUACCGGACCGACCGCUGCCGGACUGCAUCCAACGGCGGGACAAACCACUGCCCAGCUACAUGCAGCCGUCGAGCAGAAGCAGCAGGCACUCUACAAGCUUGGUGCUUCCAGCUUGGUUUAG